CGAAACUGGAACUCUUCCUGCCAUUCUUGCGACACUUGAGAGAAACCCAAUUUUCGUUAGACCAAAAAUGGAUGCUCUGGACUCUGUUUUCGAUCCCCUUAGAGAUUUCGCCAAAGACAGCGUUAGGCUUGUUAAGCGUUGCCACAAACCCGAUCGCAAAGAAUUCACCAAAGUUGCCACGCGUACUGCAAUUGGUUUCGUUGUGAUGGGAUUUGUAGGAUUUUUUGUCAAGUUGAUUUUUAUUCCUAUUAACAACAUCAUUGUUGGUGCUUCUUAACUGGCCGUGUGAAGGAGAAACUAAAUGGAGGUACGGAAGGAAGCAACACAUGACAGUUCCUCCUAAUUUAGUUUAAUUUGUAACCUGUUGCUUUUGGACCUCUGUGACAUCUUAUUCUGAACCUCCUCUGUGACAUCUUAUUCUGAACCUCCUUAUUCUUACUAAGUUAAUAGCGUUCAAAUUGCCUUCCUUA